UCGAGGACCUGCUAACUUCUUCAAACCUCAAGGAUAUUGCCUUUAGUGCUGUUGCUGCAGACCUCAUGGAUCUGUCUCUACCAUCCUUUGAUAGUUUCCCCAUGACUGAGGAGGAGAUACGGAGGGCUGAGGCUUUAAAAAAGAAAGCCGAAGAUGCCCAACCCUUGGUCGUUAUUAGGUCUACUGAGGAUGAGGUGGAGGCUGAGGAACCACCAAAGAAGAAAUCUCGCCCCAACCCCCCAUCCUCUGGCAAGGGCAAGGUCCCUUCUAAAAGCAGAGGGAAAAAGGCUGGAGAGGCCGAACCUGAAGAUGAAGUCAGGGCAUAUGUUCUGGCUGAAACUGGGGCUCCUUGGACUCCUUCCUUCACCAGGGCUGACAAGUCAGUCCUACAUUCAGGGGAUUCUGUGAUCACAAACCCUUCAGCUGCACUGGCUGUGGCCCGAGGGAUGUGGCUCCCAAAGGACGAGGAAGCCAUCAGCCAAAUGGGAUUGGAACAGCUACUCCCCUCUGCCCCGGUCCGGGCCAUAGAGGGUCUAUACCACACCAUGGCUCUCUGCGCCACUGCUGAAGCCCAAUCCCUCUUCAUCAAGAAGCUGGAGAAGGAUCUUGACAAUGCAGAGAAGAGAGCCACCACUGCCUCUACCAAUCUGAAGAUAGCUUCUGAAGCCAAGGAUGUGUAUAAGAGGCAGUUGGCUGCCUCUGAGGCUAUGGUGGAUUCUCUUCAGGCCGAAAUUCAACGCUUGACCGAGGCUCUUACUACUUGCUUCAAGGCGGGGAAGCAAAUGCAGGGGUGCUACUCCUGUCUGGUACACCUGGCUAGUGCUAAAGCGUUCCGGUCUGGCUAUAAUCAGGGCUCAGGCCCUAGGACAAUGGAUCCGGACGCUUUUGACAAGCAGGUGGGGGUGCACUUCCCAUAUGAUGAAGGGCCACAGGCUUUGGAAGCUGAAAUCCGCUUUGCCGAGAUGGUGAAGGCGCACCUGAAGGGUACUCCUAGCUCUCCUGCCCCUGCGGCUUCAAUUCCUCCUACCCCAAGUCCUACUGUAGUGGAUGCUUUUGAAUCUACUCCCUUCGAUCCGAAGAGGAAGUAGAACCAUGUAUUUUGUUUUUAUUGACAGUACA